AUGUCUGAGCGUUUGUUUUAUCCGGGAGAUGAAGCCGUCCUACCUGGCGAAAGUGCACAUUUUCUGCUGUCAGACGAACUGCCUUAUUACAGUACACCUAAUUUACCCAGUUGUGGAUACAUGGGCGAAGAGAAUAUCUACCGUACGCCUGCAUCAGUUAUCCAUCAAUCGUUCCCACUGUCUCACGCAUCCAUCGCCAUUUCUGAUUGCGUCAAUACCGACGCUGGAGGUGAUUCACCUCGCGGCUAUUCAAGCGGUUCAUCAAAUUUCGCUCAGCUGACCAUCGUUCGCAACCAUUCAAUCAACGGGGCGUCCGCGUUCGACGAACGUGUGGACGCAGCCAAAUGCUCAAUCCAGCAACUAUCCGAAGCUGUUCGACCGCUAUCCGAUCACGAAUCGUGGAAGCCACCGCGACCUGAGGUUGCGGCCACCGUGGAAUCCCCGUGCGUCAAAGUCGAGCCCGGCGUGGCCCCAACUGGCCGCAGGAAGAGUUCCAAAAAAACAGCAGUCAACGCCCAACAACAAUCCAGCAGUUCACGGAGCAAAAGAUCAGUCGGCGGAGGUGAGGGCAAUAACGGAGGGGCCACUUCCACUACUCCUCCCCCCGUCGAAGUCAUGAAGAAGAGACGGACAGCGGCCAACGCCCGAGAACGUCGACGCAUGAACAGUCUCAACGAUGCCUUCGAGAAAUUGCGCGAGGUCGUACCCUCUUUGGGUAGCGACCGCAAGCUUUCGAAAUUCGAAACACUCCAGAUGGCCCAGACCUACAUCAACGCCCUCCACGAACUGGUCAAGCAUCACUGACCCGUUAGAAUUGAAAUUACUGGGAUGCUGAUGAGUAAGAGUCAACAUGAACGAUGGUUCU